UACAACAAAUCGCAAGCAGUUUUCGAUACUCGUCGGGUUUCAACUAGGAAUAUUUAGGAUAACGGGGUUCGUCGCUUGGUCAACGAACGUCCUGUUCGUCGGGUCACAAGGAUAACCGGAUGAUUGGAGACAUUACCUACGGUGUGGUGCACUAUUAGCGUGAACUUAGUGAUUAACGAUAAAUUUACCGCCACAGGCUGAGAGUGUGUCCCAUUAUCAAGUCUCGGGCGAGGGACGGUGGCAAAGUGGAAGUGAACAAACAGAAAGCCAACAUUAAAACGCAUGAAACACAACGCAAAGAGUGGCGAAAAACAAGAAUCGACUGAUCAAAUGUGUGUUCAAGCCUCGAAAAAAGCCUGACCAUCACGUUCCCGUUCGGCUCUAGGCUUGUGGGAUCCAAUCGGAUCGAAAAAGGAAAAGAAGAAGAAAAAGAAGAGACAGAAGAAAAAUAGGCUUAUUAAUAUAUUAAUUUCUUUUUGAUUGAUAUGUUGUGUGUUGAAUGAAAACAUAAAAACGUGAAAGAAAGCAAAAGCCCGUGGUGUCGGAAGAGUACAUUUCGCGCCUGGUCCCGUGUUUCGAGCGGUGUGAGGUUGUUUCGGAACUGCAGAAACUACCGAAGGGGGUACAACUUCUGCGUAGUGUCCGAAAAAAAAAACCGAACGACGUCGUGCGAUCUCUGAGGGGUCCUCCCGCGAGUGUAGUGUUGUUACUUGCCGCCACCUUCCCCUCGUGUCAUCGACCAGGGACGAAGUGCGGGUAUUCAGGAGUUUAGUUGCUCCUGCUGCCAGAACUGCCAACGGGAGCGGAGAGUGUCGGUCGAAAACAGAUACACUUUGCCGGGAUCGUUUCGACAUCAUUCGAAAAACAUCGUCAUCACCAACAUCAUCCAGAGACACCGAACGGGGGUCGGGUACAGCUUUUGCUCUGUGGAGUACAAAAAGAGUAUCACAGCGUUAAUAGCGUCGUCGUCGUCGUCGUCGUCGUCGUCGUCGUAGUCCAGCGAACCAACGAACCACAGUUCGGGCCAAGUGUUCGGGAAGGGAAAAAAAACGAGUUUUGUUUUAUUUCGAACCCUCGACCAAAAAAGAAAAAUAUUGAUUUCGGUCAAGUUCAAAGUAAUUUUUUGCAACGUUUACACAAAUACACGAGCCCUGCCAGCUUGGAACAAGUUUAUUAAAUUAUCUACCAAAUCGACUCAUGCCGGACCCUUCGUUGCCGCAUGCCUGUUGGUGGGAGGGGGAACGCACGACGAACCGAUCGCGGUUGCUGUUUUGGGAAGGAAGUGAAGUUUGCUGAGAGCUUUUAGGCGUGUAUGGCGUGGAAAACGGAUUCAGUGCUGGGAAAAGAGGCAGCCGAAAGGAACGCGUCCGUUUGAUUAAUGUGCGCCAAAGAGGAUUAGUCUUUGAAGUGGUACUCCUAGAUAGCCAGAGUGUUGAGUAAGUCUGGGACUGCCGGGGGCCCCUACGCGUAUCGUAUCUCAGAACGGUUCCGGUGCUAGUGAGGGUAGUAUUUCGACUACGGAGCUUACAGAGCUCGGAUUCGGGAAGCAGUUACAUCGUCGGCGGGAGGAAUCGAAAAGGAGAAGAACAGAACUCGCUCUAUUGUGGUCUGAGUUUUGAACGUUGUCUACGACCGCCGCCACAACCAUCGUUACAACAAAAAGCUGACCAUGAGUGUGCAACGCUACAAAUUGAUAUUCAUACUGAUAUUUUUCAUCCAGCACCGAACGAUCGCCAACGAUCCACACGCCCCGGUUUACUCGCGCCCUGGCAUCCGUGGUGGUGGUGGCCCGUCGAAUUUGGCCCAAGAUACCAAAAGUCGAUCGUCAAUCUUUUCCCCCCGACUAGAGUACAACGAGUGGCUUCCCGUCGGUCGUGGGGAUCCUUUGAAGAAUGAUCCAACGUACGACUACAGUCCACCGGUGUUGGAGCGGGUGCGCUACUGGCCGGAAAAUAUGGCCAACAAAGACAAGAGCAGUGACAUCCUGCUGCUAGGAGUGCCAUCGAAAAAAUCCACCUCGAGAGUUGAUCAGCAACAACAUCAACAUCAACAACCAUGGGCAAGCAGUGGUCCGGUGCGAAGGAACUACUAUCACCAUCAAAUCAAUCAGUUACCAACAGUCCUGAUGCCUCCGCCGCUCAACAAUCACCUCCAGCAGGAAAGUAACGAUGGCUAUCUGUGGAAUCAAGCAAGCACACACAACCCACAGCGGUACGAGUCACAAGCAGAAGGCUUUCGCUACAGACCAGGACCAGCACUUCACUCAGCCCACAGCUUCGUGAAUCAGUACUCAGGCUCGAAAUACGCCGAAGCACCAAUGCAUCCGAUCAACUCAUAUCAACAAUCACAGCAACAACAACAGCCGCAUCACAACCAUCCUUACACGACCACCAUUCGCCUAGUAACUCCCAAUGAGCAAAGUCAAAUGAAACCAGUUCUACACACAAUACUGCAGAAUGAAAAAUCCUAUCCCUUCACAAAAUCUUCCAUGACCAACGCAAUUACUGAGUACACCACCAGUUUCUUCAACCCGCAAAGCAUCAAUGCAAUGGCCACCACCGUCAUCCAUUCGCCGCAAACAACAGAAUAUAUUCAAUCGGAAACCUCCAACGCAAUUCCAAAUGUCAGCGUGAACAUUCGAACCCCGGUUGCCACUCCGACCGCCUUCAUGUUACCGAUGACGACAACGACAGCCCGAGUGCCUACUUCUUCAAGUUCUACCGUCACUCCGCCUCCCUCAGUUACGACCGAUUCCCUAUUUUCCCACUAUAACUCACCACCCCGUCCACCGAAGGGCCCACUGUACCUGAUAAUCGAAGGUCAUUCCAAGGUUAAAACGUACGGCCUAAACAACAACAACACUUUGCUGAUACCACCCAAAAUGGUUCCCGUUGUGGGUUCCGCCAAUCCCGUUGUCCGACACGUGGUCAAUCACGACGAAGCCGGAGACGAAAUGGAAGUACCUCACGUCACUAUAAAACCAACCACGAGCACGACAACCGCGCGACCUCUUUCAUCCGACGAGGAAACCAGUGCGGAAAAAUCCGCGAUCGAUUCCCUACUUGGUUUGUUGGAUUCCUCCUUCGGGGGGUAUCUGCUGGAAGGCGAUUCCGGAGGAAAUUCCAUCGACAGUGCCGAAGCGGACAAGGAUUCCAAGGCACGUCGAAACGCCCGAAGCAUUCGGAGCAGGGCACAACAACAGAAGCAAGAGGUGAUCGUUGGAGGUUCAUUUAUGGUCGGUGAAAAAACGAGAACAUUCGAUGGCUACCGCAAAGGAAUUGUGCUGGAUGAGAGACCCACAAUCGUCGAAAAUGCAUUUGAAUACUGAGUUCGGAGUUUAGACAUUCUACUUUUUUUGUUAAGUUUGGUUAUUUCUGAUAUUUAGUUUUACGCAGUUGACGUUAUUUCCACGGUUAUUUCGUGGGAAGCUGUUCGAAUUCCAUGUGACCAUCUGUAAAUAGAACCAACUAGAAUUAGACGCUAGAUUUGUAGGAUUCGCUAGAUUAGGACAUUUUUUUUGUUCAUACACAGUGUUAUCCAGAAGCUCUCUAUGUCAUUUUUUAUGUGAAAAUGCAGCAAGUGAAGGCAAAACAAUAAAUUGU